AUUGUUAUAUUCCGUUUUAAUGUCAUCAAUAAAUGUAAUAGCUCUAAAAUCUUAAACAUUCAAAUGAAUAUGUGAUAUAUUUAUAUACAGUAGACAAUCAAGAUUUAGGUCGGGAUUUUAUAUUAACUUAAUAUGUCGAGUAUAUUUCCAGCGACUAUAUAUAUUAUAAUAUAACAUUUUUUUUGGACCUUUAUUUUUCUUCAUUUGGAGACAUUCGGAUUUUUCGGUAGAAUGGCUGGACUGGGUUUAUUCAUAGUAAUGUUGGCUCUAUUUCUACAUGAAGGAAACGCAAUAGAGGAUCAGUUUGAAAGUCUUAAAAACAACGACACGUGCAGGCAAACACUGAAAAGAGUUGAAAUGUUUUCUAAUGAUGGACGCUGCUCGCCGGAACUCCAAAUCGAUUCCGCUUUGGUCCUUACCUUGCCGAGGCAUUCCUUCUCCGUAUUGCCCAACUGUGUAAAUUGCUCCGUUACCCUGGUGGCCCCUAAAGACAAGCAGAUAGUAGCCACGUUGUAUAUAGUGGGCACAGAAACGUCACAUAGUGGCAAAUGUGAUUUGAACAGGCUUGAUAUUUACGAUGGAAAUUAUGAAAACGAGAACAAUCGUUUAUCCGGCCCGGACGGUAUUUGUGGCUGUAAGUUUCCGUCAGGUGGUGAGUAUAAAUCCAGUAACAACUCGAUGACACUACAUUACCAGACGACGUGUAAGCUCAUGAGAAUACAUGGCGAGUUAGAACUGAUUGUAUCUGUCGUGGAUAAUGGUAAGUCAAUAAAAGCCAAAUAACUAAACUUCGUUUUUAGUAAAUGAUAUCCAAAUUUGUGU